ACCUGUGCAUUUUAUUCAAGAUUCCCGAGCUGAGGGUUCAUGGACGCUUCAUUAGUCCCUGCUAUGACAGGUACAAAUGAAGCGCGGACUCUUUCCUAUAUUCUUUCACCUAUCGAUUCUUCACCUUUAUCACAUCCUUUAAAUAAUUUGGAAACCACUAGUGAAUCUAUUAACUUAGUACCAAAAUUAUCAAAUUUCAACUCAAAAGGCAUUGCUGUAUCAGUUUCAUAUAUGACAGAGAAUAAUGAAAGAAAGAAUAGUGAGAGCACCAUAAAAAAUUGUGAGAUUACUCAGAAAAAUACCAUAUCCUCUUCCACAUUUGCUUGUCAUUCUAUGUCAAUCGAUAUAGAAAAACAGAAAUCCCAGACAUCUAUCGUUACGCAAUCAGGUACGAGAUCGAACGAUGGUUAUUGUAUCAGUACUAAAAAAACUAAUAAUGUUCAGUGUUUUCGUUCUAUAUCAUCACCGCAGUUGACUAUUAAACCGCUAACACGUUCUAAGGUUUAUCGGAAAGCGUCACUAAAAUCUUCUACAAAUAAAUCAAGUUUACAGUCUGAUCUCUCUAACUUUACAAUAGACAACUUCAAUGCUGUUUCUAAUGUAAAAGCAAUGAAUACUGCUAAUAACAGCAAAUGUAUCUUAUCAAAAGCAAAUAAGUACAGAAAGACACCCGAACAAUAUCCCAUCCAAAGCGACACAUGCAGAAAGGCCAAGGAAAACGACAUCGGUAUUGCAAAUUCAAAAAACAAGUGGAAUAUCGAAGACGUUCAUAUAACAUGUAAUCCAUUAUCAACGCCGUAUCCAUAUUCGACGCCUUGUCAGAAGACAGCGAGUGGAACGGUAACAGAAUCGCAAGACGAGGAACCAAAGAGUCGUAGUUGUGGAAGUUUCUUACCAAUCCUCUCGUUAAUUCCUCAAACAGUUAUCGGCUUUCAGUAUUUGAGCCCAAAAAUGAAGUUCUCUUGGUGGCGUAACAAGAUAUCGUGAAGGCACGCUUAAACGACCGUUUGGCGCGAUGUCCGCUUGAAAGUAGCGCGGCAACGACGACUCGAUGCCGAUCGGUCGAAAUAGCAGUAUGACUACAAAAGAACCUCUUUUACCUCGUAGCGAGUUCCCUACUCUUUUUCAUCAAUUAGAGGAAUCCUGUUAACGUUACACUCGCACGUCAAAAUCUAUCGCCCUUAACCCGUUUAACAUGAUGAUAUAGGGUCAUAGAGGAAAGCGCAUGCAGCUAGAAAUUAACGAGCAUAAGUAGUUAUUUAAUUAUGCCGUAAAAAGAGAGAAAGAGAAUGAAAAAGAAGAAUAAACAAGAAAAGGAGGAGCAGAAAGUGAGUGAAUGCGAGAAAAAAUUUUGUGUGUUUGUUGUUUGUUUGCUUGUUUGCUGCGCGCGCGUGUUGUGUGUGUGUGAGAAAGAGAGAGAAAAAGAGAGAAAGAGAGAUUGUUCACGAUGCAUAUAUUUUCGGUUUUUUGCCGAUUAGAGUCUGUAUUUUGCAUGAUUGUGCUACGUUACGUUAACUACGAUGCUGGAUCCUCUAGUCCAUGAAGUAUUCUUUUUCUUAGACUGCAUUCACGUUAUAGGCAAUGAUCUCCAUUAUCUUUUUUACCAAGAAAAUAAUGCGAACAAAAUUUUUUCUCGUACAACGCGCAAUUAGCUUAUUUUGUGUUGUUCAUAAAAAAAAAAGAAAAAAGAAAAAAAAAGAAAAAAAAUUCCACAACGUACCGAGAGAGAAAGAAAAAGAUUUGUUGCAAUGAUCUUUAUGAAACUCUUUCCCUCCCUUUUCGUUGUGUUAAUCAAAAGUACGAAUAAUACCGUAAGUAGAAUCUUGGCAUAAUUUUUUUUUUCUUUCACAGACUCGCGUUGUAA